CGAGAUUCAGUAAAAGCCGUCAUCACCAAAGCUUUCUACGAAAACUUUUUGACUCACUUCACGGCAGAAGGCGAAGGGAAAGACAUUCAAAACCAGCUAACAUGGCUACAACGCCUCCCAACUCUAGCCGUGGACAAAUCAGACAACGCGCUGGUGCUGGCCUUAGAAGCCACAGCGACAGCAUACGGCGCCAUUAUGAUUUCGAACGCAGCGUUGACCUGGCACGCACGGGACCUGUAUGGCACAGCCCUUCGCGUGCAUCACAACGUACUGCAAAAAUCUGGCUCCACUUUCGACAUCACGAUACACAUGGUGUCCACAAGCGUGCUUCUUAGCUUCUUCGAGGCUAUGCAGGCGACCACCGCUGACGCAUACCGCGCCCACAUCUACGGUGCAGCGAAAUUGCUGGAGAUCACUGGACCAGGACAGUGCGCACAUGGUGUACUGUGUCAAUUGUUUUAUCAUGUCAGAACACAGAUACUGUUCGUUCAACUGGCAUCAGACCAGCAUAGUGUUCCAUUUCCCGCGAAGAAGAUCCUGUAUGAUACGCUGCUCUACAAGGACCCGCCACUCAUCCAGAGGCUGAUGUGUUGCAUUGCAGCUCUGAGAGAGUUGCACGCUCAGACUUACGACAAGGAACACCUAGACCAGGAAACUUAUGGGUGCUUGAACCUUGAGGUCAAUCAGCUUUGGGACGAGUUCAGCAGACAAAAGCCCACGAAGAAUCCUAAUUGGCAAGACACCACCGCAGAAAUUGUCUUGUUCAAUGAUGCUUUUACGGCGCUUACGGCAGCAUACUUCAGUUCAGCGCACAUCCUCCUCGCGAUUCUGAGACCUGAUACCACGGACUUCCCAGACUUGCUGCACCACUCCCGCAUGAUUCUGGACGUCGCAGCAUUUCUUGAUAUAACUCAUAACGCAAUCGCAUACAUGCGCAUGGCAACACCAUUACUUUUGGUCGCAUUGCAUGCACAGUCUUUUGGACAUCGAAACAGCGUGGUGGGCAUAUUCGAGAUCUGGUCGAGGGAGAGUAUGAGAGGUAUCAGUGCACUUGCCUUGGAUGCUGUGCAUCGU